GCAAUUGUGACCAGUUUGAAUAUAAAUAUCUUAAUAAAUAUGAUCAUAAAUCCUAUAUUUAACAGUUUAAACACCAUUUAUUGAUAUUAGAUUGCUUCCCAAAUACUCAAACAAUUUAAACCUCCUAAGAGAAAUACUUUAUGGGAUCUUAAUGGGAUAAUCCAUAGGAUUUUAUCAAUUGUAUCCCGUUCAUCGACGGCCUUAAACAAGAUCAAAAGUUUACUUCAGAACUCUUACCCCAAAAUUGAAAUAUAAGUUGAGCAAAAGAUAAAUAAUUGAUAUAUUCCAUUAGAGGAGAAUUGAAUAAAAAUAAGUUAUAAGUGAGAAUUCAUUGAAUAUUUGAACAAUAGUUCUUAAAUAGAUAAAGAAGAGUUCUGAGAAGAAGAAAAAAUUGUGAAUGCCACUUGUGUAUAGGCUUUUAUGUUUUUACAGUGUUCCCUCUUCUGCUGAUGUAAUUUACUUUUAAUGGAUUUAUUUGUUGCAGUAUUUUACCCUGUCCAUUAAGGUGUUUGCACAUUUAAACAACGAGUUUUAUUCACUCUCUUAAUCUUUCCUAUCUCUUUACCGAAAAAAUUGCUGUUAUGAAUCUGAGCUGCUUUCUCUGGAUUUGGUUAUCUUCCUUUCUGAUUGGACCUAUUCACUCCUUUCAAACCAGUUUGUACUCGUCCUUAUUACUUUCUUAUUAUACUAUACAUAAGUGCAAAGACAUAGAGUUUACUUUCCAUACAGGCGGGAAAAUGAUAAAUAUUUGUAGGAUUAAAAAUGGAGGAGCUUGCAUCGUUAGUGAUAUGAAAGCCAGUCUUAAUGGUAAUAACUAUACGUGUGAAAAUGCUCUGGAACCGCAAUGGUAUAAUCAUAGGGAUUGGGCAUCACUUUGCUCAACUUAUCAGAUGUGCUCCCAAUCCAUUAUUAAAAUUAUAUUUGAACAAACCUUCGAUAUUGCUGAAAUCUGUAUUGAACAAAGAUUGGCAACAGCAAAUUUUUUAUUAAAGAAAGUGAACAUUUUCUACAGCAAUGGAAGAAAUUCUCUUCAUAAACUGGACGCGAAUAAAUUUCAAAAAUGUUUCCUUCUACCAGAUCGGGUUGGUGAACAAACAAACUGGAUUAAAGUUUCUUUAAUUGAAGGCUACGGAUCUGUGGAGAGGGGAAUUGGUAGUAUUAUAGCAUACGCUUAUAGUGACGAUCCUGCUCAAGAAGAAGAUUUACAUUACACAAAUUUUGCAGAAAUUUCAACUUGUUCAGCCCCACACUAUGUUGGUUAUCCGUGCGAAAAUGCGUUAAAUUACGAUAAUCCUAUCAAUUAUUCAAGUGACUAUUCAAUGCACUGCAAUGGAUCAAGUUGUUACAAUAUAAGAUAUGAAUUAACUUUUCCAGUUGAAAUUCAACCAGAAAUUAUAUGCAUUUCGGGAAGGGAUUAUGGAGGAUUAACAUUAUUCUCUAAAAUACAAAUUCAAUGGAAUUCAGGUUUUCAACAAAUUUUACAUUUUCCGAAAAAUAAGCUUAGAAAAUGCUUUAAAUAUGAAGGACAUUCUACUGAAACCGGUUUUGGAUUAUAUAUUAAAGAGUUGUAUGUUGAAAAUGGAGGAAAUCCUGGUUUGGCAUACCUCCAAGUUUAUUCUCAUAAAUAUCCUUCAUCUAAAGAAUUCGAAAUACAAUCAACUGUUCAACAAAUUUAUUACAUUCCUUCGAAGAUUCUUGAUUUAUCGUUCAUUAGCUUUGGUGUUAAACUACUCAAUUUUUCAGCUAAUGAACAAUGCCAUUCAUUCAUUUUUGAAUUGCUGAAUGCAACUGGACAAACUAGUAUUAAAAUUGAAAUGAAGAUCCCGAAUGGAAGCUUGUGGGAAACAAGAAUUUUUAUCGAUGGGAAAUUGAGUCAUGUAAUUGCAACUGCAAAUUCAAGUGAACAUUUUUUACCUUGUAAUACUUGGAAAGAUUUUUGGAUUUCGUUAAGCGCAUAUGGCGUAACAUUUGGUAAAGGUAGAAUUCGUGGAGUAGAUAUUCUCUACACUGAAAAUUCUCCACUAACUGAUAACGUGAUCAAAAUUGGUGUAAGUAAUACGGAUGAUUCGAGAAUAUCUGUAUUUAGAGUCAAUAGUCUAGAAAAUGUAAAAAAUAGUGAUUUAAAGAUAAAUCUUUUACAUUCUUACUCCUGUUCUCAAUCACAUGCUUUAGAUAUUCUUAAAGAUCACAAUUUAACUACAUGCUUGUCAAUUAAUGAAUAUCCAUAUACUUUAGUAGUUACUAAACAAAAGAAAACCGUAUUUGGCAUUAUAAAACAUAUGGUUUCAGUUAUUUUAAACUAUCAACUGAUUGAUAAAAGCUCUAUAAAUAUUUACUUUCUUCUAACGAAAGAUGGUACUCAACAAUCAAAGUUUUGCUUUCUUUCUACAAUAAAUCAAUUAGAGGGCGAUAAUAAAUGGAAAUAUAACUUUGAUUGUAGAAAAAAUGAAGAUAUAAUAGGGCAGAUAAUGAUUACAAUUCUGAAGAAUACCAUUCCAACUUUUCCAGUUGAGGUGUGCGAAGUCGGCUUGAUAUAAUCCAUUAGUCUGCUAAUCCGUCUCUGGACUCUAAAAUAUCUUUACAGAAAGAUUAAAGAACACUGUUUAAAAAUUUAAAAAGAAAUCGAGUUAUAUUUCGUUUAACUGUUCAAAAAUUGUAGUUUGAAAGCACUUUUUCCAUUACUUUUACACUUCAAUCUGAGAAUGUGACAUGAUUCUUGUCUAGAAAAUAAGCUUGAAAAUAUUUCUAUAUUAAAAAUUCAAAUAUAUUCACUUAAUUUUUAUUAUUAAUUAUUAAUAAAAAGUGC